CACGGCUCGUUGGGGCCCGCACCAUUUCACAAGCUUCCCCAGACGCGGAACCGCACCCGAGCUAUCUGCGAUUCGACUUGAGCUCUCAGACUUCUUUCCUCACAACCCGCUGAUUUUGCUUGCAUAUCUCACGUAGUCCGUUGCUACACGUGAGCGAAGAGCCAAUACACGCAUAUUUGAUCACAGGCUGGACCGCUCCCCUUCAAGACUCUUGCUCGGAUUGGCAGUUGGCAGCGAAGCAGCAGACAAGAUGGUCGCAGACGCCCUCAUCUACCACCCGACGGUGGCGCAAUACCUCAAAUUCGUCGCGACAACCGUCGGCCGCGACAAAGCACUCCGCACGCUGCAGUACCUCUCGCGCUUCCUGGCAUGGUACCUGUACCGCACGAACCACGCGGCCUCGUCGAUCGCGCCCUUCGAGGCGACCAAGAAGCAGUUCGGCCUCACGCGCAAGCUGAUGCGCGUGGGCAAGUUUGUGGAGCACUUCAAGGCGGCCGCCAUCGCGAGCGAUGCGAAGAGCGUGGAUCCCGUGCUGCGGUACACGGCGGUGGGACGGCAGCUGGGCUAUGCGGGGUACCUGCUGGCUGACAAUGCGGUUGUGCUCGAUGCUGCAAACAUCUACAAAUACCCAGCCUCGGCGCGCCUCGUCCGCGAGGGCAACAAAGCUUGGUUCACGGGUAUCACCUUCAGCAUCGUUUCGUCGCUGUACCAGCUGUACUGCCUCCGCGAGCGCAGCGCCAAGCUGUCGUCGAAAGCCGCUGAGGCCGAGCCCAUCGUCGAGGCGAAGAAGAUUGCGCGCGAGACCAACGCAGUGCGUCUGCAGCUGCUGAGCGACCUGUGCGAUAUCACGAUCCCGGCGACGGCGUUGGGCUGGGCGAAGCUCGAUGAUGGCAUUGUGGGUAUCGCGGGCACAGUCAGCUCGCUGUUGGGAGUGUACUCGCAGUGGAAGAAGGUUGCGUGAGGGGUGGACUGAGGGCGGCGGAAUACCAGAUGGGAGGGGGAUGGAGAUACACUUGCGAGGGCCUGGAUUUGCAGCUGAUUUAGGAUAUAUCUGCCUGUCUUUCUAGAUGUCGAGGCAGGGUCGAUCGGU